UCAGUUUACAUGCUUCUUCAGUUACAUAUCUAUAAGCAGACAAUGCAAACUAGGCUUGUUCUUCCUGAUUGGAUUUUUCCAGUUCUCUUGGAUGUUUAACUAUAGCUAUGGCAACAAGAGUAGAGAUCAACUCUGCUCUAGCAUCCUUAACAACAAUACCUGACUUAAAUGAAAUUACAAGUGAGGAUAAAACACAACGCACAUACAUCAACCCUCUUUUGGAUGCAAGUAAUAAGGCUGGUCAACCUUCUAAUCCUUCGGCACCAAUAAUUCUUGAAGAAAAAAACAAAUUUGGGAGCACUUGGAGACCAGCCACUAUGCCUACUCCUGGAUCAAGGCCAAGGCUUUCUCCAAAGCCAUUUUCUAAGGAGAAACCUUCAGAUACUUUUGCGAAUGUGAAACCUCCUGUUACUGCUUUCAAACCAAGUAAUUUUGUCCCCAAGUUCUCUGUGUAUGGACAGCCUACUGAAGAAAUGACAUCUGCUAAGGUGUUAAGUGGAGAUGUCCCUCUAUUAGUAGAUCAAAAACUAAUUGAAAAUGAAAGUAAAGGCAACAAUGAAUUAGUCACAAAUGUGGCCUUUUAUUCCAGUCCCAGUAGAAAUACUGUGAUUCUUUUUGAAACAGUUAGCACUGAGAAAUCCAAGGUAAAUUUAACACAAGGUAAAAUAUCUGUUGAUGAGCACAGAACGCUUGGCACUAUACAGACAAAAGAGUGGCAAAGUAAUGCAAAGCCUGAGAUGAUAUCUCCGCCAUCAGUGACUUCCAGAAAACCUGAAGGAGGUCUGCAUAGGCAAAUAUCUUUUUCAUCAGACCCCAGACCAGUCCCCUGGAAUCCUCACCAGUCUGAUGAAAAAAAAGACACAUGUGAAGAUCCUAUAGGUGAGAGAACCAGCGAUGUUGCAAAAUAUGCCAACAGCGAAGUUGGCUUAUUAACUGAAGUGCAACGAAAGCUAAAACAUAGACCAGUAUCUGCUGCUUUUCUGGAAUCGUUAAAAGAUCAAAAGCGUAGCAAUUUGGAAGUCUCAGAAGAAAAAUCUCCUACAGAGAAAUCAUGGGUUAGAAAACCAAGGCCUUUGUCCAUGGAUCUAACUGCCAAAUUUGAAAAUAAAGACCUUUCUCUGUGCAAGAAAACUUGUCCAUCUGAUGAGAUUAAGGAGAAUGUACCAGUAAUUCACUUCACUGAUAUAGGCUGUCAAGAACAGUCUGAAAUGAGGUCUAAAGCUGAAGAAAUAGAAUUGAAUAAAGGUGAUCCCUCUAAAUCAAAUUUGAAAUGUAACAAUCAGGACAUUGACUUUCUUGAUGUUAAAAACAAAUCUAGUGAGCAAAAUCAGAAAGUCUUUCCAAAAGAUUUAGACUCAUCCAGCCCAAAUUAUACAAAAGACUUGAUACAGAUCUCUGCAAAAGAUAAAAAAUAUCCUUGGGAAACUAAACAGAAAUCUAAAGAUGAACAAAAUGAGAAAAAAAUGGACAUUGUAACUAACUUACAUGGAUCAGAAAAAAACAAGGAGAUGGCUAAUAACAAAAGCAAAACAAUUGAAGAGGUGGAAAUAUUGGAUCAAAAGGAAACUUCCAGAGUUUUAGCCAGUGAAAAUUCUGCAGAUUCCUCAAAAAAAGAAAACAAGACCUUGAGGGGGAGCGUUAAAAAACACAUCUGUUUGUUUGCUGGCUCAGAAAGCAGCACUACUCCAAUGGAUACCGAGCCUCUCCCGGCAGCCACUGAGAGGGAAAACAGAAAUGUGAACAUCCAACAGAGAAUCAGAGAACUGACAACAGAAAAUACAGAUGUUAAGCCUGGAAAUCUACGCAGAUCACUUAAGUCGCGACCACUUUCUGCAGACUUAACAAAGAAGUUUUCAAGCCCAGCAUCAGCCAAUGAAAUUAAACCUGAGAAACCUACUGAAUUGAAUAGUGAUGUUACUAGUGAAACACAAGAAAAUCAAAAGAGUAAGGAGAUGAAGCCUCCUCCUGGAACAGACUGUACUGAGACCUGUGCUAUUGGGAAUCAGUGGAAACCACGACAGACAGUAAAAAUAUCAGAAAAAGCUGGUCAGAUCGAAAGAAAAGGAAGCUUUCUGAGAGAGAGGCAAAAUUUCUCUUUGCAGGGUGAAAACUCUGUGUCAGCCACAAAUAACGUUGAAAAAAAAUUAAAACCCACCACUCCUGCAGAAAAGACCCAUUUAAAAACUGUCCGAGCCACCAUGUUUGACCACAAUGUCCAGAGGCAUAAUGUUGCUGCUGGUCACCCUGUAAUUGAUCCUACACGAAAGCUGACUAAUGAAUUUGAAGGCAAAUAUGAUGUUGUGACUUUACUAGGCUAUAGCAGAAGAUCUGGGAUGGAAAAAGAAUUACAGGAGAAAACUAGUUCAAAGAGAGAGUAUCACAGUCAGUCUGAUGUAUCAGGAUAUGUAGCAGAUGCAGAAAAACGUGGAAAAACAAUUUAUGUAAAUGAAGACAAGAAAAUUGCUCAUGCAGUUCCAGUGGAAAAAUAUUCUUCAUGUGAGAAAUGUGAAAAACCCACUCCUAAGCAUGUAGAGGACUCUCUAAUUUACCAACGAAUAGAGCCAAGAUAUGAAAUCCUGCAGACUUUUGGUGAAAGAGCACUUAGUGAAGCUAUUACAGUAGUUCCCGAAGAUAAGGCUGUGACACUCAGAACUAGAAAAUCUUCUGUGAAAGAGAAGAGAAAACCUGAUGGGAAUGUCUUACAUGCUGAUCAGCUGUGUGGGCUAGAUAAUAAAACUGACCCAUUGAAAGAAGGUAGUUUUAUUUCAGAAACUAAAGACAUGUUGGAAACGUCUACAAAAAAGUUUACUUUUAGGGAACCUAAAGAUAUCUUCAACAGCAAAUGUACUUUCCAUGAGCAGAUAACAGAGUACAAUAAAAAUCAGAGCAAACUGGUAUUUAUAACGGAGAAAUCCUCUUAUGCUACAAACAAAAGUAAGGAUUUGGGGAUAGCAAAUGAAAAAAUGACACAACUGCAUCCUGAAAUGCAAAAAGAAAAGAAUGAAAUCUCUUGCACAGAUAAAACAGAGAGCUCGAACGUGACCAAAGACUUUUCUGAGAGAGCUGGUAUAAAACCAGUUAGGACAGAUGGCUAUGAAUCCAGAGGUGACUUGGGUCAAGAUGUUAUUUCAACCAGUGCCAAUAAACCUGGGAGUCAGAUUUCAGUGCCUGGAUAUAGCCAAUUGUAUAAACCCUCCGUGGACCAACAUCCUAGCACAGAAGUAAUAACUGCCGAUAAAGAGAAAUCCAGAGUUUUUGGAUUAAGGAAAUAUCCAGACUCAAAUUGUGUAAGAAAAGAUUUAGGCUUAGAUGUUGCAGCCCUUGAAAAUGAAAGAGACAAACUCAGAUUAGUAGAACCAGAAGAAAAAGUCAGAAGAACCAGUAGUAGUGUUUCUGACCUUAAAAUUUCAGAAAGAUGGCGAAGGAAGACCUUGCCUCAGGACUCUAGCAAGCUAGAAGAAGUUAGCCCACUAACUCAAGAAAGUAUUAAAAGGCUGAACAGAACAGAUUCAUUGCAAUUUGAUGAAGGUGCAAUAAAGAAAAAAAGUAAAAGAAGCAAAGAUGGGAUAGAAUCAAAGGAGGUGAACCAAACAGUUUCAGUCAGUCCUGAUGAUUAUUUGAAGAAGCAGGUUUCUCCCUUUGAACCAAAGGCAACCUAUUUUGCAGUUACGUAUCAGAUUCCUGAUAAAAAAGAAAAAAGCUCUGUAAGUACUGUUAAUGCAAAUGAAAAUAACCAAAUUACUACAGCGGUUGAAAGUGCACCAAUUAAUCUGAACUCUGGUUCUUCCAGAAGGUCCAAUUCUACAUCUCAGCAAUCCUAUAAAAAUGUACCGAGUACACAUUGUAAAGAUAAGUCCCUAGAGGAAUGUGUUAACAAGCAUUGGGUUAAAGAGGAAGAACAAGAUAUUCUAAGUUUAAAAAAAAUAUAUCCAGUGCUUGGAGAGGAUGAUAAUAGGAGGUCUUGUGAGAGAGGGCUGGAUCAUGUUAAAGAGAAAAUUAUAGAUGUUGAUGCUUUCCUCUUAAAACAGGGCCUGAAAAAUACUAUUCAAACUGAUCUUAAAGGUAGUGGAGGAAAAGUCUCCGCAUAUCAUGAGCCAAAAUCCACGCUACACUUCAGGCAUUUUCGCAAAGACAGUGAACUACUUACACAAAAGAAGUUUGGGGAAAACAGUCAUGAUGUGUUCAGAGUAAAGACUGAAGACAGGUAUAGAUCUAGAGUUCUUGAUAUUGAUGCUCUUAUGGCAGAAUAUAAAGAGGAAUACAUAAAGGCCAGUGACAUUCCAGAAAAAAAAGAUGACCAGUUCUCUGAAGAUCAGAGUAUGUUUUAUUGGGAGAAGUCAAAGUACAAAAAGAAUGUGGCUGAUAAAAUUCCACACAGCUAUAACUGGAAAGAUUGGAAGAACUUGGAUCAAUCUGCUAGUAUCACUAAACAAGGUACCUGUGCAGAAGAACACUGCAGGCCUGAGAACCUAACUCUACAUGAAAACAGCAAAGAGAAACUGGAGUCCUGUAGCCAAGAAUGGAGUAAGCAAAAGUCCAAAGACAGAAAUUUCAGUCCUCCGCAUUGGGGAAAGCCUAGUUCACUUUCAGAUAAACUUAUAAAUUCACCUGCUGACACUAUUGGUACCAGAAAAAAAACUUUUAUUAUUGAUGAGGAUCAAGGGAACAAUUUAACAUCUAGGCUCCAAAAUGCAAAGUACACAUAUAACAAGGUACAGCCUGCAAAUCCUAUUAGUGUGGACCAAAAACUGGAAGUCAGUUUAGCUUCUAAUUCCUCCCCCGAUGGUGGUGGUAGCGGCGGCGCCUUAUUACAGAAGAAAUUGUUCACAAAACAGCAGUUCACAGAGAUGUCUGUGGAUGAUGACUGGCACAAAAAUAUAAUGAGGAGCUCUGUAAAUAAGAACAAAGAGAAUGCAAACAAAACCUCACAUGAGAGUGACUUUUCGAAUAUGAAGAGCAAAGCGGAGUGGAAUGACUAUACAUCUGGUUUUGGAAAUGCACUGCCAGAUUUAAAACGAUCGUACUCAGAAAAGAGCCGUCCUGCUAAAGCAAGAGGCAGCAUGCCUCUGAUGCAAGAAACAAAGGAAAGAAGGGACCAGCACCAAUUCAGGCAAAGCUUCCCAUUGGAAAGUGAAGAAAACAGACUGAAAAAGAGGAGUGCAUAUCAACAAGAAUCUUUCUCCCAGGAAAAUAAAAAGGACUCUGAAAAAGAAUGGACCAAGCAGAAUUCUGACAGAUCAGGUGGGAAAGACUUGACUGUAGUUCCUAUCCAGAGAAGAAGCCAUAGUUUUUAUAAGGACCGAAGAGCACAUAACUGGACGGAUCAACUGAGGCAGUGCUUUGCCAGACAACCCCCAGAGGCCAAGGACACCGACACACUUGUGCAAGAGGCUGACAGUCAAUAUGGUACCUGGAGUGAGCAGCGCCACAGUGGGGACAGCUUUGUGCCCGAGUCUCCUUCCUCAGAAAGCAAUGUUGUUUCAACAAGGAAGCAGCCACCAAAUAGCCGGCUGUCUUCUCUCUCUUCUCAAACGGAACCUGCCUCCAUGAUCGAUGAGCAUGAUUCCUCAAAAGACCAAAGGAGCACAAGUUUGGACCGUUCCAGCACUGAUAUGGAUUCAACUGAUGGUAUUGUGGGACCCCUUCCACCAGAUACCUACCCUGAGGAGAAAACCAUUGACUUCUCCUUCAUUGAUCAAACUUCUAUACUGGAUUCCAGUGUCCUGAAAACCCGUGUGCAGCUCAGCAAAAGGAUUCGCCACCGGGCACCUAGCUCCCAUUCGCUCAGGAGAAGCAGACGGAUAGAGUCUGAAAACAAACUCACUGUGAUGCAGGAGACUGACAGCACUUGGAUGUUUAAAGACUCCACAGGUAUCCCUCUGUCCUAAGAGAAAUCUACAAAACAGGAAGAUUCUGAUGAGGAAGAAAAAAUACACCAAACUGAGAGAUACUCAGCUAUGCAACCUCAGAGGCUUCCUGUUUUUCCAGGCAUGGACCACUCUGUUCUCAAGGCUCAGCUUCGGAAAAGACAAGAGCCCGAGAGUCCCAGUGAAAUAAAUUCUGCACAGCUAUUUAAAUCCCAAUUCCAGCAAGGAGCUCCUGGUGGCAGGGUACUGCCCUCUAGUGCUGAGAAGGAGAACAGGUCAGAAGAAAUGUCUCCUCAAUGGCUGAAAGAGCUGAAAUCGAAGAAGAGGCAGAGCCAGCACGAGAAUCAGGUUUGAGAAGACCCUGAUUAUGACUAGGAAAAGACAUAGAAGUAUAACAGAAGCCUUAACUCAUCUGAACCUAAAAUUCACAC